AUGAAGGUCCACCCGAUGCCCAAGAAGCGCAACAUCACCAUCCAAUACAACUCAAGCAACCCACUUUCUGAAGCUGAGGCCCUUCUGGGUCUGACCCACAAGAAGCUCCGCCGCCUGCCUCAUGUCUUCAGUCGGGUCCUGGAGCUUCCAUUUCGCUCCGACGCCGAAGUUUUGGUCGAGGAGAACCCCGAUUGCUUCCGAUUUAUUGCCGAAACAGAUAACAUCGGCGACGGCGUGAGGGCCCACACCGUCGAAAUCUAUCCGGGUGUGACCAAAAUCGUGGUUCGGGAAAGUGGGUCGGCGGAAUUGACAUUGGACGAGCUUGAGCUCGACAUGUGGAGGUUUCGGCUGCCCGAGUCGACUCGGCCCGAGUUGGCAAGCGCGGUUUUCGUCGACGGUGAGCUUAUCGUGACGGUGCCGAAGGCCGAGGGGAUCGAGAAUUCGGACGGUGGAAAUGGCGGUGGAGAGGUUUGGGGUGAUGGAGAUGGGAAUGGGAAUGGGGGUUUCAGAGGAGGUAUGGGUAACCGCCUUGUGCUUGUACAUAUAGAAGAAAAUGAGAGUGAGAAUGAGAAUGAGGAUGAGAUUGAGAGAGAGGAUGAGAUGGGAGGAUGGGAGGGAGGAGUAACAAAAAAAGCCAGAGGUUUUCUUGGUUAG